AUAAAUCUUGCUUUAUUACAUUUUCUUUUUCCUUGAAUUUUCUCAGUGAAACAUGGGCUGCGACCAGAUUGCUACAUAGGGAAAGUGAAAGCAGAGUCAGACAAAGUGUUCUGUUUUCCUUGUGCGAGCUUGUCUGAGAUUUGAGCUCAUCAUAACUCAUCAAUGGCAAAAUUCGAAGAACAACACACUUCAUCGAUGCAACCACCAUCUUCUUACACCUUCCUGCUCAACAUCAUGAGCAAAAGGAGAACAUGGGUAUGUCUUUUUCUGCUUGUUUACGGCACCCUCUUGGCUUCUUCAUGGAACUUCCUCAAAUCCACGCUUUCUUGGUACAAUUUACAAGCUCAGUCAUCAUCAUCAUCGAACUCUGGUUGGCCUGCAAUCUAUGCUUCUGUGGUUCUCGGCACCGUCUUUGGGCUUCUUUCCAUGGUUGCAGCACUGGUGGUGAUGAUUCCGGCGGUUCUGGUGACGUGGAUCACUGUUGUGGUGUUGCUGGCGUUCUUUGGGAAGCCUAGGAGGACUUUGGUGGUGGAGGGUAGGAAGAUUACAGGGGAAAUUUUCAGCUUUGUGGUGAAGAUUUUGUUAAAGGAAGGGAAUGUUGUGGCUGCUGUUUGUGCUGUUUUGGGGUAUUUUGUUCUGCUCAGAAGGAACGGUCAAGAUCUUGCUGAUUGAUUUUGGAAGAUUUGUUAGAUGGGGUUUGCAAAUCAUGCUUGGUUGGUGUGAUUUGGUAAAGUGUCUUGAUCUCUUUUUUGUGGGAUAAUAGAGUAGGAGCUAGAUUACAUAGUUGAAACUUGAAAAUGUUAAUUACUGAGUUGUUUAGAUGCUAAACUGCUUAAUGAUAUCAGUGUAAAUUCAAGUGUAUGCUUCUGCUGAUUCUUUAAUUUUACAACUUACAAGCUCA